AUGCUGACAGUAGAAACGGCCGACCAGGCUAUCGAAAAGUAUCGACAAACGAAAGAAUUGUUUCGUGGCGCCGAGAUGAACAUACGAGGGUUCAUCAGCAGUAGUCAGCAGUUCAACAGAAGGAUUCCCAAAGACAGUCACACGAAUGUCGAAGUCAUCAAAGUUCUUGGAGUACCAUGGGAACCCAAAGAGGAUCAAAUCGUACUGCAGAUCGCGGCAUCAACCGAAGUGACCAUCACGAAGAGAACGAUUUUGCAUUUUUUAGCAUCGAUUUACGAUCCAGCUGGUUGGAUUAUGCUCAACUGUGGAAGAAAGGGCAUCAUUUGGAUAGCAUAUUGA